UUUUGCUGUUGGAGAAUUCCAAACAUCUUCUCUCUCUUUUAUAAAAAAAAAAAAAAAAAAACAUCUUCUCUCUCAAAAGCUGUUAAAAGAAUCUCAAUCUAGUCUUUUAUUAUUCAAAUUUCAAGCAUCUUCGCUCCAAAACUCGAUUUACAAACUCCAUUUCAUCAAUCCCGUCUCUCUCUCCUUAUAUAUAUAUAUUUGCAUAUCCACAAAUUGGAUGCCAUCAGUGCUUGAUUCCCAUUGAUUUCAGAUUGAGCAUGGCAAGGAAUUUUUCCUCUAGAGCAAUCGUUCUUGAAGUUCUUAGAAAAGAUAAUUAUGCGAAUUGGAGCGUCUGUGUAAAAAACUAUUUGUUGUCACAAGAUCUUUGGGACAUUGUUGAAGAAACCACUGAACCUCCGAAAGAAAAAGAUGACAAAGACGGAUUUAAGAGGUGGAGAAAAAGCAAUGCUACAGCUUUACAUGCAAUUCAAAUUUCAUGUGGGCCAGAAAUACUUUCUCAGGUUAGGAAAUUUGAUACAGCUAAAAGUGCCUGGAAUGCCUUGGCCAUGAUGUAUGGGGAAAAAUUGAGAGUCAACCUAGUCACUGAACAAGGGAUGGCAGAUAGCCGCCUUCAGUAUAUGCACUUACACAAAUACGUGGAAAGUGGUGAUUGGUAUGAAGCGAAAAAGAUAAUUUAUAAGAACCCCGAAGCAGUUUGUUUGACCUCAUCUUCAGGCAGGACGGCUCUUCAUAUUGCAGUCAUUGCUAGACAUGAGGCUAUUGUGGAGGAACUGGUGCGGUUAAUGCCAAAACAAGCACUGGAAGUGCGGGAUGUAGGUGGUUACACGGCUCUUGCUCUUGCUGCUAAUUUAACUGGAAUCACAAAGAUGGCAAGGUGCAUGGUAAGAUUGAAUGACACCUUGGUUAGUAUCAAGGCCAUGGAUGGCUCAAUUCCAAUUGUAUUGGCUUCUGGGAAUGGCUAUAAAGAGAUGACUCGCUAUCUUUACACUGUCACACCAUCGCCGAUAUUAUAUCAGGACAAUAGCCGCAAUGGUGCUUUGCUUCUCAGUCAAUGUAUCAGCAAUGAAAUAUUUGAUGUUGCUUUGGAUUUGCUCCAGGAUUGCAAAGACUUGCAAAUUACUUUAGACUUUGAUGGGCUUCGCCCUUUGUGUGCAUUGGCGCAAACACCUUCUGCAUUCCAAAGUGGAAGUUGGCUUGCGUUUUGGCAGCAAUGGAUCUACUCAUGUCUACACAUGCGAGCAGCUCAUGCCUCAACUAGUGUCAAUUAUGAAAAAUUACCAGGAAUCAAGAAAAUAUAUAGUCAAAAGCAGACCCAUGCCCAAGCCCUUGAAAUACUUCUUUGCUUUUGUAGAAAAAUAUCUGGUUUUGAUGAAUCACAACUCCAGAAGGCUUCUGCUUAUGAAGCUAUGUUGGAAGCUGCCAAGCAUGGAAUUGUUGAGUUUAUAAUUGAGAUGACUCGAGUUUGUCCUGAUCUUCUAUGGGUUGUUGAUGAGGAUUUAAGAGGCAUAUUUUCUCAUGCAAUUCUAUGUCGCCGAGAAAAAAUUUUCAACUACAUAUUUCAACUUAAAGGAAGCAGGCAGUUAGUUACAUCUCACAUAGAUGCGUUUGAUAAUAACAUGUUGCAUUUGGCAGGAAUGUUAGCGCCUUCCUCUGAGCUUGAUCUCAGACCUGGUGCAGCUCUUCAGAUGCAAAGGGAACUUCAAUGGUUUAAGGCAGUGGAGAGCAUUGUGCCUCGUAAGUGUAAGGAAGCUUUAAACAUAGAUGGCAAAAAGCCUCGUGAAUUGUUCAGUCAAAACCAUGAGGACUUAAGGAAGGAGGGGGAGAAAUGGGCAAAGGAGACAGCAAGUUCUUUUACAAUUGUGGGAACUCUCAUAAUUACCAUUAUGUUCUCUGCAGCUUUCACAGUUCCUGGUGGUAGUGAUCAGAAUACGGGCACCCCAUUCUACUUAAAUCACAUGAUAUUUACCGUUUUCAUAAUAUCUGAUGCAAUGUCUCUUUGUGCUUCGUCAACUUCAGUGCUGAUGUUUCUAGGAAUUCUCACAUCACGCUAUGCUGAAGAAGAUUUUCUCAAUGUCUUGCCCACUAAGCUGCUUAUAGGUCUUUCCACCCUUUUCUUCUCUGUUGUGACGAUGAUGAUUUCCUUUUGUGCUGCCCUUUCUAUUGUGGUACAAGGAGAGUUGCACAUAGUGACUGUGGCUAUCGUGUUUUCUAGCAUUCCAGUCAUUAUAUUUGUACCAUUACACCUUCCACUCUUUGCUGAAAUUUUCAAUUCCACAUUCAGGCCAGAAAUUCUCAAUAGGAAAAUGAACUAGUUUCACAUAAUCACUUUGCAACGUUUCCUCAGCUGCCAAUAUUUUGGCUACAGUUGCUAAAUGUUUAAUGAAACAUUAUUUCAAUCA